UAGUUAGCACCAUUUUGUGAUGAAAGAGGGCAGGGUUCGAAGAUAGAGUUGCGGAUUAAAGUAAAUUGCUGUUAAAUAAUCUGAGGGCUAUAUCAUUGUUUUAGUUCUUAAAUACAUUCAGAAGGGGGGCGAUAGUUGUACAAUAUUCGGGCGUGAAAUAGAGAAGUUUUGAAUAGUAAUUUUGUCGAGUCAGUCAGCUGCUCCAGCGCCGUGCUAGCUAACAUUAUACGGCUAACAGAUCUGCCCUGACUCAACUACACGAGUCAUUCACAGAAAAGGAGAGAUCACUGCAAGCCUGACGAAACAUGAGCGCCCCUUCUUCUCAAAAAGUCGUGCUGAAAAGCACCACCAAGGUGUCCCUGAAUGAGCGCUUUACAAACAUGCUGAAGAACAAGCAGCCGACAGUGAGUAGCAUCCGGGCGACCAUGCAGCAGCAGCACAUGGCCAGUGCACACAACCGCCGCCUCGCUCAGCAGAUGGAGAACAGACCCUCUGUGCAGGCUGCGCUUCAUCACAAACAGAGCCUGAAGCAACGUCUUGGAAAGAGCAACAUCCAGGCCAGACUGGGUCGACCCAUCGGCUCCUUGAUGCAGGUUGGUGGAAGAGGACGAGGACUGCGAGGAAGAGCUAGAGGUGGUACCAUGAGAGGAGCGCUCUCUUUUAGAGGUGCAGGUCAGAUGAGAGGUAGAGGUGGUCCUGGACGCAUGGGUUUCCGCCGAGGGAUGCGCCAUCGAGGAGGAGCUCCAGGACGAGGAGCUCUAGGUGGGCGAGGCGCAGCACGUGGAAUGCCUGGAGGAAGAGGUCGUGGAGGUAUGAGAGGCCGUGGAGGGUUUGCUGGAAGGGGUCGUGGACGUGGCAGAGGCAGGGGAGCAGGUCGUCCCAUUGUCACACGUGAGCAGUUGGACAACCAGCUUGAUGCGUACAUGUCUAAAACCAAGGGCCAUCUGGAUGCAGAGUUGGAUGCGUAUAUGGCCCAAGCAGAUCCUGAGAGCAUGGAGUAAACACAGCUGAGCUGAGACAGCAGCUCCCAAAGAUCUGCAAAUAAUAGACUGAUCGACGACAUAAUCAUCCUGUACCGUUUAAGCUGCCGCUGCUGUUGGACACUCCCUGAGACAUUUACAUUUUAAGGCGUUUAAACUUGAAGUUUGUACAAAGUUAUGAAUUUACCCCAGUUACAUUCAGAGAUUUGAGUUGGCAUUCGCAACUUCUGAAUACAAUCACAAUGCAUCAUCACAAGUUAUGGUUCUAAAACAGAGGCCCUGUUAGAAAAAAUGUUGGCUGUUAAGUGAAGGAAUUUUGUUGUUGAACUAUAAUAAUAUAGAUUGUACCUCUGCUAUUUUUUUUGGCUGAAAUUUUGAAAACGGCCUAAAUGUGUGAACCGUGAACUCCAAAUGACAUUUGAUGACUCGGUGGUAAAAAUGUGGCUUAUGUAAAUGAAAAGAUGUUAAUGACUAAUGUUCUACACACGUCACUUACAUUUUUAUUAUUGUAUUUUUAUUUUUAUUUAGAACUUUUAUUCAUUGCAUACGGUCUUGUUUUUGUCAAAUUUUUAACUAUUGUAACAAUUUUUUUUCCUUUUGGCAUCAAAUAAAUCUUGGCUAAUAAGAUCUGAGUGCUUCUGGAGGACAUUAUCCUCAUUAACAUAUAAAUGAUCAUGAUGUAUUGACUUUUUUUUUUUUAAAUAUUUUAUUUAAUAAUGGAGCUCUGGGUUCUUAUGCGCCCAUCAUGGGUUCAGUGGUUUUGGCCAAAGUAAAUGAAGUUAAUUAAAUUGAAACUAGAAGAAUAAAUUGUAUGCUUGUAUGGUGGUAAGUGAUGAGGACUGGAAUAUCUGCUGUUAACUUUUUUUUGUCUGCCUAACUCUCUAUAAAACCUUUAUAAAAGACCUUUAUAAAACCUUUAUUUAAACGUUCA